UUCAUCUGCGAGAUCAAAAUUAUUUUGGUGAUUGCUUUCUUGUGCCCGUCGUUCUUUGAAGCAGGCUCGUACUUGCACCUACUCUUUCAAACUACAACUAGUAACUACUUGCGGAUGCAAGUCUCGUUUGUUGAGUGUUGUUGACACACGUGAUUUGAAAUUCACAUCACUUUUCGCUGAUUUGACUUGAACUGUGGAAUUGCAUUUCAAAUGGAUCGAUUCAUUCCUGGAAUUGUGAAGGAAAUCUAUUGUAGAGUUACAUUCUACCCUACUCUACUGAAGAACGUGUUGUUCGUUGGUGAACUGAGACGCUGGUACGAUCGAGUGGACAACCGUGUGAUAUUGGGCGCUUUACCUCUAAGGCGAUACAACAAACAGCUCGUGGAAGAGGAGAAUGUCCGCCUGGUGGUCACACUAUGUCGCAGUUACGAAACUCAGCUUUUCACAAACUCAGAGCUGGAGUGGGGCAGACUGAACGUGAGGCAGAUUCACAUACCUGUCAUGGAGUACUUUGGCACACCAAGCGUGGAACAGAUGGAGUAUGCCGUGUCGGCCAUUCGUGCACUGGACGACGGUGAGAGUGCCUACAUUCAUUGCAAGGCCGGGCGAUCCAGGAGUGCCACCGUUGCUGGCAGCUAUUUGAUCGAGACCACUGGUUCCACACCCGAUCAAGCCGUCUAUCGACUGAAGGAGAAGCGCCCGCACAUCUCGCUUAGCGCCAAGCAGGUCCACUCUCUCUACUCCUAUUACAAUGCUAAGCACCGAAGAUGAUGUAGCAGGUGACGACAGUUUACGAGAACUUGCCGGAGCGAAGUACUUCGAGAGCUGUAUUGACUUUGCCCUGCGCCCAUCUCGUACCCAGAAGCGUGCUCUUAUCACUGUAUGCCGACCAGUGGCAGUGGUGCUUGUGUCAAACUGACCGACCGCGCUAUGAAGACGACCAGGCAGUAUCGUCACACACAUCCCGCGAUCAGCAUGGUGGAUACCGGUGUGUAGGGCGUUUAGCCAUGGAUAUGACGGAAUGAGUGGCCGGCCACCUAUAGUGACAGUGGAGUGGAGGCUUCAUUCGGAUAAGAAGGUCGACGGCAUCCUGGGUUCGCUACAUGACAUGAGGAAGCUGCAUCGUAGUGGUCAAGCAGUGAAGCAUAGUCAUUUUGGCUCAUAUGCAGGCAACUACCCAAGAGCAUGGCAUGCAGGGAACAGCCGUUGGCUCUAUGCUACAUGCAUGUACUGCUUCAUUGUCAUGACUAAGUCUUACUGGAGUCAUAGACAUCUGAUUUUUGUUUAUUCUUUGACAUUAGGUUUUUUCCAGCUGGUCUGUGAUGUUGUGUGUGUGUUUUGAUGUUUAUGCACAUACAACGACCGUCUGAUCAGCAAACACAUUGCUGCCACUGACAGCUUGUCUGCUUUCCGUAUUUUCUCAGCAACAACGAAUGGUAUGUCUUCUUCCUACUGAGAGUUUUCAACUGUUCAUAUACACAGUCACACUGCACUACUUCAUCUCGGUCUUGUAGCCUGUUCUCCACGGCACAGAUGCACAUGUACCGUAAUCUUGCAAGACCAUCGUCUUUAAUCGUUAAGUCGCUGUUUUUGGUCCUUUCACAAGUGCAUUUUCGUGCGAUUAUAAGACCAUGGUCUUAUGUGCGAGAGACAAACAUCGCAUCAACAUGUACAUGUGCAAGUACGCAUAUUAUUGGUGAAUGCAAGUACAAUGGAACCAUGAUGAACCUCGUGUGGUUUUGUGAUUCACUUAUAAGUGC